AUGGUAGGCCACGCGGGGUCGAAGGUCCUGGUGACCUUGUCGAUCCAAAUUCUACUAGGUGUCUCGGCCAUCCAAAACGACCAAACGUCUUCUCGUUCCUCCCAAGAAGACAUAAUUCUCAGUGCCAGCGGGUAUACGGGGCCGGGAAGAACGUCCAGCGUGUUUCACCGCGAGGAUUCGCCGACUUUCCAAAGAACUGUUCCAGCCUUCCAGCUGGAAAGCUCGAAAAGCGUGAGUCAUUACGACAGAGACGACGUGAGAUUCGAAAGCACGAACGCCAGGCACGAGGAACCCAUCGACGAGUUCACCUCGUCGAAACACGUGGAUCACAUCGAUGGGAACAACAUCGAGGUUAAACCCGGUGAAUAUUAUUAUAUCUCCCCAACAACCAGUGAAUCUAUGUCGGGGGAAGGACAAGGGGCUCCGCAGGAAGCAAAACUCUUGUCGGAGCCCCAUCAAAUAGCUGGACUGUCGAACCAACAGGCACAGUAUUUGCAAGCAAUGGAGCAACAAAGACGGGCUCGUCAAGAAGUCCCGAGGAUCUAUAGCGAACACGCUCCGCCGCCUAUUCUGCAAACCGUCUCUCCAGGUCGACAAGCGAAUCCUGACAUACAGGACAUCAUCACGGGUAUCGUCAAAUUGUUGAACGGCAACGUGAACGUUGCCGCCAACACGAUGAGACCUUUGAGACCGAUCCAAGCUACUAGGAUUAAUAACCGAGGACCGCCGAGAAUAUCCGAUGUUCCACCGUUACCACCCGAUUUCGACACCCCUGGAAUGAACCCACCUCCUCCACCUGACCAUCCUUAUCCCUUCGAGAAACCGCCAGCACCGGAUAGACCGUUGGUUAACCAACUACCACCCGAAAGGCCCAUCAGACCUUUCGUGAAUGGAGUCCCAUUGCCGGAACAGAUCGUUCCACCGGGAAAUCGGCCAUGGACUUGGAAUCUUUCUGCAAACAGACGGCCAAUUCCUCCGUACAAACCGCUGCCCCCGUCCUCGGAUUCCACUUUCAACCGGGAGAAGGAACAAGACGACAAGAACUCGGAUAAACCCCAGACCGAUCAGAAAGCCGAACACCCAGCGCAGCCAGAAUCCUCCACGAAGAAGGAGGAAGCGGAGCCGAGCGAAACUCCAAACGUUUCGGAGAACGUAACCAAGAGUCACGAGAACGAUAAUCAGAAAGAUAAGAUCGAUUCGAAGUCCACGGAAAAACCCGUUAACGAGAACCCGACAAACACUGCCGAACCCGAGAACACGGCUAAGAAGGAAAAUAAGUACCCAGCUAAGGGAAAUACGUCGACACCCGCGGUGGAGCCUAGCAGCGCCAACAAACCGAAUGUCACGAAGGAAGAGGAUUCGCCUAAACCUGUGCUACCAUUGGAGGUUCUGAUCAAGCCUACGAAAACUUUGAAAACGAACGACUCUCAAGCAAUUGCCUCUAGCACGAACACCGAGAAAUUAGGCAACAAAGCGAAUGUUCCCAAGACGCCGACCAAGUCCACGUCGACGUCGAAUAUCGAGAGCAACUCGUCGGGUCAGGUGAUCGAACCGAUAACGACCAAACCGAUCGCUCAAACAGGCGUGGUUCCCACGAAGAACGAUCCGAAUAGCACUACGAAUGUGUCGAACACAGUGAUUCUGGAAGCGAGCAAAUCGUCCGAGCUGGAGAACGCGAGUGCAUCGAGCACCUCGACUCCAACGGAGAAUUUACCAACGACUUUCACGAAGAUAUCAUCGAGCACGGAGAAAAGCAUAAUCCAUAACGCUGCCUCGAACACGUUCUCGAAGAAUUCAGCCCCCACGGAUCGCUAUGCUUACCGACCCCGACCUGGGAUUGUCCUUGACGAUACCUUGGAUUACACGGGAACUCAAGGGCUAGCUACUCAACGACCUUACGCACCACCGAGACAUCCACCUCUCGGUGAUAUUUUUGAUGUCACGGUCUCGGCUAUUCAAGGUCCAGGUGGCGGAGGCUCAGCAGAAGGCGUUAGAGUGCCGGUAAAUGGAGUAAACGCGGACGUGAUCCUGACUUCCGCCGUGGAGGGGCAAGGAUUCGUCAGCAUUGACGGGAAAAGAACGUACUUGAACCUGUUCGAAAAUUCGGAUCGAACCUCGACGCACGUGCAACCGCAACCUCAACCGACCAGGACCCAACAGCCAGCCAUAGUUGGCACGGGAUUCGCAGUUGCUCAGCCGGAUCCGCCAACGGCGACUCCGAGACCAGCUGGUACUAUUCGAAGACCGACGUUUCACAGAAGGCCGACCCAACCUCCGGUGAGAAUCGACACUUGCAUCGUGGGCGACACGAGUACUUGUGAUAUUAGUCAACACGAGGCUUGUGCCACUGUUCAAGGGGUAUCUGCGUGUCAUUGUAAGCCAGGGUAUGCUAGGUUGCAGCAUUCCUUGCCAUGCAAAAAAAUUAUCAGCAUCGUAGUAUCGAUCAGGGUGGACAAGAUUUAUGACAGGAAAGUCGUCUGGGAUCAUGGGUUCACCGACAAAGAUUCCGAGCCGUAUCAAACGCUGGCCUACGAGGCAAAUCGAGCUAUCGAGUCUGCCAUGUCGAUGACACCGUUUUCGGACGAGUAUAUGGGAUCCUUCAUAAAUAGAGUGUACCAGGGAGAUGUGAGCCAAGGACAAGGGGGUGUCUUUGUGAAUGCAACCUUGAAACUCACUUACGAACCGAGGACAAUCAGACCAAGUUUAGCAGGCGAGCUGCAGAGACAUCUGCUGGGUGUUAUUCACAGAAGGAGCAAUAAUAUUGGGAAUAGCGCCCUUUACGUCGACAGCCCGCCUGGAUCUAUAUCAAAUUUGCAAGAUUUGGACGAGUGUGCAUCGUCGGAACUGAACGACUGUCACUCUUCGGCGACCUGCUCGAACAACUGGGGUGGAUUCACUUGUACGUGUAACCCUGGACUGAAAGAUCCUCACAAGGACGACCCCAACGAAUCCGGUAGGACUUGCAUCUCGUGUCCUUCGAGUUACUGCAAUAAUCGAGGGUCGUGCUCUUACCAGGGCGAUCACAUGCAAUGCACGUGCACUGGUAAUUAUUAUGGUGCUCAAUGCGAAGUCGAUGGAGAGGUCUUGGGAGUAGCGAUAGGGGCGUCUGUAGCAGCUUUAAUUAUCAUAGUUUUGACGUUAGUGUGCCUGGUUAUGUGGAGCCGAAGGUGGUCGCGCGAACAGAAAUCGGUUGGCUCCCCGGUGUACGGUUACAUCCAGGGUGGCAUACCCGGUACCCUUCCAGGAACUCUGGCAAGAGUCGGUUCUGUGGGUACCCUUGCUUCCGUGAAACAAGGACCACCGACCAACUUGCCACCCUACAUGUGGGCACACUUUGGCGACCACAUGGCGACUGCCAAUGUAUACGCUACGGAACCGAUGGGUCCAACUCGGCCGAGUUCCGCUGUGUUCGGAUAUCCACCCAUCAGUAUCCAUGGGACACUGCCACCAGUGCCACUGCCAAGACUCCAAGCUCCUACGAGACCACGACAGAGACACCAACCAGAUCCGGACAGCUCGGACUCCGAGCCGCAGGAUAAGGACAGGGCUGACCUGAUCCCGCAGAAUAGUGGUUUCCAUGUGCCCAGGCCAAAGUCUAGAUCAUCCCUGGCAAAUCAAAGCGGAAUCUACAAUGACGUGGAAUACGAUCAAGGUGAUGUCCACCAUUUAUCGAAAAACAAUAUUCCGAUGUCUACAUACAGGCCGUACUAUCGAACGUGAAAUCCAGGGAAAAGCUAGUUAUAUUUCGAUAAGGACGCUCGUACCGUGAAAAGGAAAAAGGGAAAAUAAAGAAGA